AUGACAAACUCUUCACAGCCCAAGCGAAAAGGGGCGAGCCUACUUCACCGCAUUGUCAGCCCAUUCAGACCUAACACUCGCUAUCCCCCCAAGUAUCUUGACCUCACCGGCAAAACAGCUCUUGUCACAGGUACAACCAGCGGUCUUGGCCUCGAAGCAUGUCGACAGCUCCUCUCCCACGGCGUGUCCCAGCUCAUCAUGAGCGCACGAACCGAGAUAAAAGGAGAAGCAGUGGCUGCCGAACUUCGGUAUCAAUAUCCCCAGGCUGAUAUUCAGGUCUGGGUUCUGGAAAUGGAGGCAUAUGACUCUGUCAUUGCUUUCGCUGAGCAUGCGGCAGUUCAUCUGGAUCGUCUCGACAUGGUUAUCCUCAACGCUGGGACCCUCGAACCAGAGGCCUCGGUAUCUCCAUAUACAGACAAUGAAACGAUGUUCCAAGUCAACUAUCUUUCGACAGCCCUACUAGCCAAACUCCUUGUCCCUGUACUCAAGAUUAUCCCACCUGAAGGGGAACCAUCACGGUUGACAGUCAUCACUACUGGUUUCUACAACCCCCAUAAGGACAAGUUUUCGCUGCCAGAUUUUGAAGAUAUGUGUCGCACCGAAUUGUUGGAAGAUGGCUUUCGUGCCAAGAUGAAGCGAUUCCGCCAGUCCAAGCGGUUCCUGCAACCGUACCUGUCCAUGCUGGCCGCCGUCGUCAACCCUGACGAAGUAAUCAUCAAUCUCGUGACCACACAUAUGAUCAGAGACACUCAGCUCACUAAAAAGUCAAUGCACAAGGGAUGGUUUCGCAGAAAGCUCAGGGUCAUGCAUACACUUGUUGGCAGAACUCUGGAGACAGGCGCAGCAGCCUACAUCGAUGCGGUAGCUGUUAAGGGCAAAGAAUCGCACGGCGAAACUCUUUCCCUCUGCCGCUCCAUACCCAGCACUAUGGGUUGCUGCAAACCCCCUGAAUGGCAAGACUUUGAGAGGCAUCUUUGGGAUAUGACUGAGCUUGAGUUCCACUCACUUUUUGUAGACUCGCAGACGCUGGGGGCAAAAAUCUACAAUGCUAGUAUGGUUGAAGAUUGGCGUAAAUUGCUUCAGACAUGA